AUGUCGGACGUGCCCACAGAUGCUAAUGCCGGAUGCCCGGGAACUGGAAGCGCCGGCGCCGGAAAGGCUUCCGGGUGUGCUGGAUGCCCAAAUCAGGGAUCGUGCGCCACCGGACAAGGACCUCCGCCAGAUGCUGAUGUGCCAAAAAUUCAGGACAGAUUCAGUAGAAUCAAGCACAAAAUCCUGAUCCUCAGUGGAAAAGGAGGAGUCGGAAAAAGUACUCUAACUUCAAACUUGGCCCGUGCUCUGGCUGCCGAUCCGUCAAAGCAAGUCGCCAUUCUUGACGUCGACAUCUGCGGACCCUCGCAACCGAGAAUGAUGGGAGUGGAGGACGAGGAAGUGCACAACAGUGCCGAUGGAUGGACUCCCGUCGGAAUCCAGCCCAAUCUGACUCUGAUGAGCAUCGCCUUUCUGCUCGGAGACAAGAACGAUGCGGUCAUCUGGCGAGGAGCUCGCAAGAACGGAAUGAUCAAGCAGUUUCUGAAGGACGUCGACUGGGGAGAGGUCGAUUAUCUGCUCAUCGACACGCCACCGGGAACAUCCGAUGAACACAUCUCGCUUGUUCAGUUCUUGCUUCAAGCAGGUCCUCUGGACGGAGCACUCAUUGUGAGCACCCCGCAAGAGAUCUCUCUUCUGGACGUCAGGAAGGAGGUAAAAACACUAAAAAAUUAACGGAAUACCCAGUUUUGUAUAGGUGAGCUUCUGCAUCAAGACCAAAGUUCCGAUUCUUGGCGUCGUCGAGAACAUGGCUCGUUUCGUGUGCCCCAACUGUGCUCACACCACUCUUCUCUUCCCGUCAUCGACAGGCGGCGCUGAGAAAAUGUGUGACGACUCGAAUCUCGAGCUGUUAACGCAACUUCCACUGGAACCAGCUCUCGCGAAGGCCCUCGACAACGGCGAAGACUUUUUCGAGACGAAUCCAGACUCGGCACUAGCUAAAUCGUUCUUGGAUUUGGCUGAGAAAGUCAAAGCCAAACUGAUCUAA